GCAGAACUUUCCCUGGCUUUCCAUCGAUACCAACCUGCCACCUAGUUAAAACUCGGGUUUCGUCGAAUCUCAAAAUAUGGCAACAUUUUUCGUGCUUACAACUGUAGCCAUAUUGGCUGGCGUAAACGCCUAUGGCAUGAAAAAGAUGCCGCCGCCAAUGGAAAUGAUGGGCGGAAUGGGCGGCAAAGGUGGCAUGAUGGAAAUGAUGCCAAUGAAGCCUAUGAUGCCGAUGGAAAUGAUGGGCGGAAUGAGCAAUAAAGGUGGUAUGAUGGAAAUGAUGCCAAUGAAGCCUAUGAUGCCGAUGGAAAUGAUGGGCGGAAUGAGCAAUAAAGGUGGUAUGAUGGAAAUGAUGCCAAUGAAACCUGAGAUGCCGAUGGAAAUGAUGGGCGGAAUGAGCAAUAAAGGUGGCAUGAUGGAAAUGAUGCCAAUGAAGCCUAUGAUGCCGAUGGAAAUGAUGGGCGGAAUGAGCAAUAAAGGUGGUAUGAUGGAAAUGAUGCCAAUGAAGCCUAUGAUGCCGAUGGAAAUGAUGGGCGGAAUGAGCAAUAAAGGUAGCAUGAUGGAAAUGAUGCCAAUGAAGCCUAUGAUGAUGGAAAUGAUGCCGAUGAAAAUGAUGGAAAUGAAAGGUAAAAUGGAAAUGAUGAAAAUGAUGCCAAUGAUGGAAAUGAAAGGUAAAAUGAUGGAAAUGAUGAAAAUGAAAGAAAUGAUGGACAUGAUGAAAAUGAAAGAAAUGAUGGAGAUGAAAGGAAAGAUGGAAAUGAUGCCUAAAAUGGAUAUGAUGCCAAUGAAAAUGGAAAUGAUGCCUAAAAUGAUGGAAAUGAUGCCAAUGAAAAUGAUGGAAAUGAUGAAGCCUGAUAUGCCAAUGCCAAUGAAAAUGAUGGACAUGAUGAAACCUGCCUGA